CUGCUGAUUGGCCAGUGGUGUCAUGCCAGUGUCACAACGCAAAAUUAUUAAGGUAAAUCACAGCAAAAACACAGGACAGGCACAUCCAUUCAGAUCUGUAGGCAUGCAAUCCCCCCCCUUCCCUUUCAUUGCUUUUGAUGGUAAGAUGGUAAGAUCCAUGCCUAUCGUGACACCUGAUUGGUCCGGCGCACUUAGCCUCCUGCAUCAACAACAUCAUCGCCUGAAAACUUUCCAGUUGCGCAACACAGUUAUGCAGGGUUUUCCCUGUCAUUAUAACACUUACACACAGCGUUACUCGAAUUGACAGUAACUCGACACUCAUUACUGUAAAUGCAUGUGAGUAAAAAGCCAAUAUGUACUUAUUUUCAGCUGCUUUGCUCGCAAACUCCCAUCAACCACUGGUAUGUUUUAUACAACAAUGGUUAGGCCAAUAGUGAACUGUUACAAACAAACCUCCAUAAGAAACUGAAAUGGUAAUAUUUUUUCUAAGAGAGGAUGGAACACCUCUCAGCUCGCCUCAGGUAAUGCACCGACACUCGCGGCAGAUGGUGUCGGUAGGAUAAACUGCAGAAAGAUCAAGGAAGAGAGCUCCUCCAGACGUGGAUACAUAUACUGCAUACUGAUGAUUUCAUACUAUUAUUUCCCUAUGAGCUCAUUUCUGUAUGAGCAUAAUUAUUAAACAAAAAACUGACAGGCUUGAGGUCUUGUUCGGACGGUAUUUCCAUUGUAAACUGAUGCACCUACUAACACACAAAUUAGUUUUUUUGUGGGCUGCGUAGGUCAUAAAACGUGAUUCAACAAGCCAUUCAGAUUUGCCUCCCCCUCCUACGUCAAGUGGGAACUCAUUAGAAUAAUACCACCCCUAUCUGAGUAUCUCCACCCACGCUUGAUUAGGAACUACCUUUCCAAAGGUGCGCCAUGCUUUUCUUGCAAGCGCCAGACCCACUAGCAUGUCGAAGUCAAGGGACUAAAGACGGGAACUGCUCUGUUGUUGCCUGCAUAAAUUGCUAAAUUGGCGGCCAGCCUCAGAGGACAGAAGAACUGAGUGGAUAAAGUUUAUUUUUGACAGCAACGUCCCAGCUACAGUUAGCAAAAACCUGUAUGUGUGUGCUAACCGCUUUGUGUCUGACACCUUUGCCAACAUACAACACAGGACUGGCCACGAAACCUUUUCAAUACCAAAUGUCCGUGGAAAAAAUGCAGAUGAGGGAAAUCAGCCAGUUGAUGACAAGUGUGAGUUCCACUGCCCACAGUUGUUCACAGUUCAGACAGAGACACAUCAGCUUUGUCUACAAAAGGCUACGUGCCUGCUUCCUGAAAGCCUCCUGCUUUUAGAGGGUAAUUCAGCUUUUAACAUCCAAAGUGGACUUUUCCAGACAUGGGAUUUUAACAUGUUUGCCUGCAUGAGGAAAGUAAGUUAAGUUUCCUGGGAGAAGAAUCCGAGCAGCAGCAUCGAGGCAUUAUAUAAAUGUGAUGGAUCACAAUCUGAUGCGGAAGCUGAAGCAAAAGGUCCGACAUUUGACAUGCAUGACUCCUGUCAUCUUCAUCAUUUUCAUCUCUCUCAUCCUGAUGCUCGUUCUUUGGACUGACAGGAAGAAUGAGGUCACGGUGCCAAGACCACUGCCAGCAAAAUGUGCAAGAAAACAUGUUCCUCAGGAACAAAAGGUGCCCUUUGUGGAGGUCAUCGGGACAAAGACGCUGCUGUUAUCGGCUUAUAUGGAGCACCGCAGAGGAAAACAGGUCCGCGUCAUUGCAGUAGUGCUGAGGAACGAGACACCAGCCUAUCGCUGCCAAUUUUGUUGCAACGACAAACUGCACACCUCUGAAGGCGUCAGCGAAAUCCACAGUGACCACUUUGGCUUCGCGUACGGGACAGCGGACAUCAUGUGUCCUAUCCCCUCGCACUGUGAGACGCCCUCUCAUGUUGCUGUGUCCAAUGUUGCAACCAACUAUGAAGAUUUACGUCACAACCUGUUUUUGGAGGUGAAGAACCAGAAAGUGGAAAGUGUCUCCUUAACUUACAACUUCACCACCUGCAUUUCCACCAUGUUUAAUUUCACCAACGUUCUGCAGAUGGUCCAGAGUUUGGAAAUGAUGCGGUUAAUGGGGGUGGACAGAGUUGUCGUCUAUAAGAGCAGCUGCAGCCCCGAAACACAGCGCGUACUGGACUACUACACAAAAAAAGGUUUAAUAGAAGUGAUUCCUUGGACGAUAGCCAGAUAUCUGAAGCCGUCUCAAGGCUGGCUGCCUUCACACGGUCCAGGUGACCUCCACUACUACGGCCAGAUCGCUGCUCUCACUGACUGUCUCUACAGAUACAUGUACCAAACCAGAUAUGUGGCCCUGCAGGAUAUAGAUGAGCUCAUACUGCCUCAGUCUGUCAACAGCUGGUUUGAGCUGCUGCCGCUGCUGGAGGAGAAAUACGGCGUCGACAGGUGUUAUAUGUUUGAGAAUAACGUGUUCCCCAACUCCGUCGCGCUGCCUCUUCCAGCCUCCGAAAAUCUGCCCUCAGAGAGCCUCAACUGGCACAAAGUGCCCGGGGUGAACAUCCUGGAACACCUUCAUCACGAACCCAUCAUAAGACAGACUCAAUACAACAACUUCAAGAUCAUCGUUAACCCCCGAGCCGUCUACCGUCCCACCGUCCACGGACUGCUGGACUCAGAGAAAGGCUGCUCCUGGAUUGACAGGAAUAUCGCUCGGAUGCAACACACAAGACCUGCCGCACAACAGAAGCUGAAACCGGAACAGCUGAUUUUUGACAACAGACUGCUGAGCUACAGCGCUCGCCUCACAUCGGCGGUCAACACUGUUCUCACAGAGACCGAGUUUCUACAAAACCAAGACGAGUCAAGUUGAUAUUAUCUGUAGCCCGUAUACAACCGGAUAUCACUGAUCACACAUUUGCCUCGGGCAGGGGGAGGGGGGGGUUAACAAUCUGCACAGCAGCACAACAUCCUCUGUUCUCAGACCCUCAACUUGAAUUAGGAAAAACUCCCUAAAAAGACUUUAAUGGGGGAAAAAUGGAGGAAACCUGAGGAAGAGCAAGAUUAUUUAUUAUAUGUUUGUGUGUACAUGUGUGUUUGGCUACUGUACUUCAGUAUAUUAUAUAUAAAUAUAUACAUUAAUAUAUAUGUUUAUACCCCCCCCCAAAAGAAAAUUCAAUUACCUCAUUGAACAUGAUUGAAAUAAAACCAAAUGAAGGCAAACUGUAAAAUUUUGACCCAAACCGAACAACAAACUGACUUCCUGCCUCAAAUUUCUGACAUUUAAGAUUCAUUAGUGUUAGUGUUGUCAUUAGUUUAAGUCAAAUUUGUUCCAGUCAGAGGCUUUGUCAUGGUUUGUAACUGCACCUUCUUUAAUAAUUUGACUAUAUUUAUAUUCAUAUGCUAACUGGUGUUCUUGGGUUUGGGAUAUGUUUGAUGGGUUGUAAGCAACACUCAUAUGUAAAUGAUACCAUGUGUAUUGUUAUGAUGUUUAGUAUCCUUGGUACGUGGUUAAGAUGAAUUACAUGGUGUGUGUGUGUGUGUGUGUGUGUGUGUGUGUUUUAGAGUUAUUUUAAGGUUUUUUACGGUUAUGCAAAUAGUGGUUAUGGUUAACAUUAGCACAUUAGCUCCAGGAAAUGAAUGUAAGUCAAUAUGCUCGGGUUACGGUUAGAAAACUGAAUUGAAAUAAAGUCACUUUAGCCGAUAAUAUUGCUGCACAUCUACUGAAACAGGAGUUUGAAUGCAGUACUUUUACUUGUAAUGGAGUUUUUUUUUACAUCUUAGUUUUGCUACUUUUGCUUGUUGAUACUUAACAAGUGAAGGAUCUGAGUUCUACGUCCACUCGCGCAGAGGAAGUGACACGUUUACCGCUGUCUUCCGUAGAUAAAGGCAGAUGUACUGUGUGUGUGUGUGUGUAAAGUGCGCAUUGCAAAGACGCCUAACCCUCAGAAGAAUGAACGUGUUGUUUAACAAUGCGGAACGGAAGUUUAACAAUGCUAAGAAAAAGUUGUUUCUUUUCAACUCAGGGAGAGAAAUCAUUCCUCAGGGAUUUAUACUUGAACCCUUUUUCAACAGCCUGAUCUGUGUGUGUGUGUGUUGACAACAUAUCGCUCGUUGACUGUGCUGAACUUGUGAUCUCUUGGUUUCAUGUUGGCGGGGUGCACUUUUAAAAACAGCUCAGGACACAUUUUGUUCAGACUUGCUUAUCACUUCAUUUGUUUUUGCCUUGUGUUUUUAGCGAAAUGUCUGUUGCAUUGUUUUUGUUUGUUUUUAUUGCAAUGCAUCAGUAUAUCUGGAAGAAAGCUAGUUUCAUGGCAUUAUGGUGGAAUCACAGUUUAUGACAAGUCUUCUGUAGUCAUACGACACCAUUUUUUUUUUUUAAAUUGCACAUUUCUACUGCAUAGGUGACUUAGUUUUAAUAAAUUAUCCUAUUUAUAGCAGUGAAAUUCCUCUUUAAGACACAUAACACAUCUGGGCUGCAAAACUCUGCAAAACUUUAUUUCCAAUAACUGCCACAGUGUUCAAGUACCUGUAACCACUAACACACCUCACAUCCAAGUUUAUUUUUUUGCUAAUUAGCACUAAACACACACACAGUACAGCCGAGGCUGAUGGGAAUGUGAUGAGUUUUGCAGGUAAACAGUAGAUUAAGUUGUCGCUGUAAUUUAAAUGAAUUAAGUUAAUGUGUAAUGUCAUUGUCUGCUGUAAACUGUCAUCUUUUAAAUAAAUUAAUUCAAAAUGUA